UUGAAGCCUAUCAUUUGGCCCUAAAAGAGUCGCCACACGACGUGGAAAUUUUCCAGGAUUAUCUUAACUUUCAAAAAAGAAUUCUAACUUCUCCUGAAACCAAAGCAAAUACAGAUAAGCAAGAUGAGGAACAUUACACCUAUGUUCGUUCUCACUUGCCAAAUUGUUGCAGUGGUCGCUGUGAAGUGCCCCCUAAACUUAGAAGACUACAUUGCCUUUACAACCAUGUAACUUCCCCAUUUCUCCGACUUUCCCCCAUCAAAAUUGAGAUUCUCUCAAUCGAUCCCUUUAUAACUCUACUACAUGACAUGAUCUCCUCAAAAGAAAGUUUAUUAAUUCGGAAUUCUAGCAAAGAUCACAUUUUACCAACCAAUUAUUAUAGUGGCGAAGUACAAGGCUUUGUAGUGGGCCCCUCGCGCUUUUCAAAGUCAGUUCGGUAUGAAAAUAUCUAUAAUGAGGCAACUGCGAAAAUAACCAAAAGGUUAGAAGAUGCAACUGGUCUGGAUAUGAACCACACAGAGCUCUUCCAGGUUGUAAACUAUGGUUUAGGGGGAUAUUUUGAAACCCAUGUGGAUCUAAAGCUAGGAAAGCCAGAUCGAAUGGCUACAGCACUCUUUUAUUUGAGUAAUGUCACGCAAGGUGGAGCCACCUAUUUUCCAGCACUAAACAUAACGGUUUUUCCCAAGAUCGGAUCGGCUCUUUUCUGGUUUAAUUUGGACAAUAAGGGCAAUCCGCAAAUGGAAACCUUACAUACCGGCUGUCCCGUCAUCGUGGGCUCCAAAUGGGUUGUAAGCAAGUUUAUACAGGACAUUGGACAAGAGUUCAGAAGGCCUUGCAUCGAUUCAAACACUAAAGAGUUUUUAUCUAUAGGGAAAUUCAUGUAUUAA